AUGGGUUCUACGUUGGUUCAAAGCUCCACCGACUACUCUCAUCUUCCGAAGACUGAGUUUCGUACCAAUUUGGAAACGAAGCCGAAGUCUAAGGAUUUCCCUGAUGGCAUCAAAACCACAGGACAACAGCCCCCUCUUUAUGAAGAGAUAAGGCCCUACGCAGAUUUCCCAAAGGCCAUAACAGGUCCUACCGCAUGGACGAAAGACCAGUUCUCUGGGUCUCCCGAGAAAGAGACUCUGUGGAAACGUCCCUUCACAGAGCAGGAGUUGGAGGAGCUGAGCAUUGCUGCGGAUCUAUACCUCGCAAGUGGUCGCUCUUUGACCGAAAUGAGCAAGGAACACUUUCCACUGCCUAAGCUAGGCACACAUCUCGAGGAAGUUCGCGAUGACCUAAUCAACGCUCGAGGCUUUACCUUGUUCAAAGGCUUCCCUGUUCGAACAUGGGGACUACAAAAGUCUGCUACAGCCUAUAUGGGUAUGGGUGCACACUUCGGCCAUGUUACGAGCCAGAAUGGCAGAGGGCACAUCUUAGGUCAUGUCAAGGACCUAGGUGAAAAUCCUGCUGAUUUCCACAAAGUUCGACUUUACCGAACUACUGCUAGGCAAACCUUCCACGCUGAUCCAGCCGAUAUCGUCGGGCUUCUCUGCCUGAAUACUGCACUCGAGGGUGGUGAGAAUGACGUUGUGUCGGGUCAUCGUGUCUGGAAUAUCAUGCAGGCCGAGCGUCCGGAUAUCGCUGAGCUGCUGACACGGCCCAUCUGGUACUUUGACCGGAAAGGCGAAGUCAGCAUAGGCCAGGAAGAGUAUAUCCGGUGUGCCAUCUAUUAUAUUGAAAGAGACAAUGGCCGAGUCUACUCGAAGUUCGAUCCCAACUAUGUCAGGUCGCUGAGUCGAUUUUCGGACAAGGGGAUUAUUCCUCCACUUUCUCCAGAGCAAAAAGAAGCGAUCGAAUACUUCGACCAGCUAUGCCUGCAGGAGUCGAUUCGAAAUGUUCUGGAGGUUGGGGAUGUACAUUUCAUGACCAACAACCACCUUUUCCACUCGCGGACUAGCUAUAAGGACCAUCCAUCGCCAGCCCCCCGUCGGCACCUUCUACGACUCUGGGUUUCUACACCCGAAAGCGAAGGUGGCUGGAAGCUGCCUUACCAUGACAGCAAUUGGAACAAGAGAGGCGGUAUUCAAGUAGAUGAUCGCCCAGCGAAGGUGCUGUUCCAUGCUGAUUAG